AUGUCCUACUCGGCGUGUGCCUCCGAAACAUGGACGUUAUGUGGUGAUUGUGCCCUGUCAUUAAGCCUAACCCAGGUGGCAGUACGGUCGUAUGAAGCGGCACUCGCCCAUGAUCCUAGUAAUGCCAAGGCGCUCUGUGGUAUCAGCGCUGGUUUAAGACUCAUUGACAUUAGCCGAAACGAAACCGUGCGGUCACAAAAUGCCAUUGAAAAUCUUACAAGGGCCCUUUCUGCAUAUCCACAUUUAACCAAGGUGGCUGAUAUUUUCCGUCACUUAGCUGAAUGCUAUCUUCUAAUUGGUUUAAAUGACCAAGCACAUCAGUCAGUACAAACAGCACUCGAGCUUUCUCCAGAAUCUCCCACACUUUGGUUGCUAAAUGCACAAACACUCAUUCGGUCCAAUGCAAGACAACAUGCAACGUCGGCACUCACUCAUUGUUUGAUGCUUCUUUCGAAUAGAAACCUGUCGCAGGAUAACGAUAUCGAGACGGCACGAGCGGCACAUGCGGAGCUUGCUGCCAUUGCUGCAGCAGAUGGAAAUGUAGAUGCAUCAAUUGCAGAACUCACUGCAACUUUGGCGCUUCCUCCUCCACCACUCGCACAAACAGAGGAGUAUAUAGCAUUAUGGUGUGCAUUGGCUACCGCUAAGGAAAGAGCUCGUGAUUUGGAAGGUGCCAUUCAAGCCUGUGAGGGUGCUGAGCGUGCUGUGGGACGCCUGCCUCGGAUCUUGCUUACCCAUGCUUACUUGUUGCUUGUGCGUGAAGAGCCGCAACCAGAUGUGGCUAUCACUCUUUUGCAUGAAGUUGUGGGUGAUGUCGAGCAUGAAAAACACCAAAACGAAAACCAAAAGGAACAAACUGAACAAACUGAACAAAGCGGUCAAAACAGUCAAAAUGUAAGUGAGAACGGCUCCCCUCAUACCAAACCAUUGAAACUCGAAAAUUGGCCUGCGGAAGAUUUUCUUCCCUACUUUCUUCUUGGUCAAGCGUACUCGCUUCUCAACCAUCCUCGUGCUGCGUACGAUGCGUACCAGGUUGCACUUCGUCGUGCUUCAAACUCACCAAUUGCCUGGCUCGCGGUUGGAAAACUUUACCUCAAACUCAAACAACUUCCAGAUGCUCUUGCAGCUUACUCGCAGGCAUUGCGUCUUCAAAUGGACGAUGGUUCUGCAGGAGCUGCAGCUGCUUGGGAUGGACUCAGUUGUGUGUACGAAAGAUGUGAUUUUCAACUAACGGAUGCUGCCGAUGCUUGCGACAGAUGUGCUGCUUGUUAUAGAGCUAUUGGAGAUGUGGAUGGAGCCCAGUUUUUCGAAGAACGUGCCAAGACGUUGAUAGCGGCCCUGCGCAAGGAAGUUGCGGUGCCUCCGCUUCGAGACCCGGUUAAUGUUCCGGAGUUCUUGGUAAGAGAUCUCGUGGCACUUCUUCCAUCGGAGCGUAUUUCUUACGUGCGCGGCGACAGAGACUAUGAAAGACAGACAGAAGAGCAACAGCAACGCCAAGAAGAACAACGUCAAAUUCAACAGCAACAACAACAACAACAGCAACAGCAGCAACAAGAACAGCAACGUCAAAUCCAAAAUCAGCAUCUCAUAAACAAUCUGCAUCAAGAUCAGCUGCGUAUCCAGCAGCACCAACCUCAGCAUCCCAAUCUCAUUCGUCCAGAGAACCCCCAAUUUGCUCCACAUUCUCCCGCUGGAGCCUCCGCCGUCAUCAAUGGCUCAGGGAUGUCAGGACCGGCUCCUGGCGUGCCUGGACGCCUUCAAGCUUCACCGCAUCAACUUCCUCCUCCACCCCAUUGGUCGCCAAGCCAACCUCCUGGCAUGCUUCGUGGUCCUCCUGGCAUGCCUAUGCCUCCAGGAGUGAUUCAGGGAUCUCCAGGACCUCAGCAGCAAAUGAUCCAGGGCUACGCAACGUCUCCACCACCAGGACCAAACGGCGUGCCAAACCACCCUCCACCUCCACCUCCAGGUUAUGCCUAUGGGCAACAUAUGCCUAUGCCUACGAUGGUGGGUAUGCCUUAUCCCCAGCCUGUUAACGGGUGGAUGCGAUGA